CCCAGUGACGUCGCCAUUCGUGGAAAAAAGGGCAAUCUGUCAAGGGAAGUUUUGCGUUUCUGCGGAUAAUCUCCUCUUCCUGGUGAGCUGUGGAGCAGGUGAAAAAGGCUAAGUGGUGCGUGCUGUGCAGAGUGUGAUUGACAUGGCGGCAGAGAUAAAACCAGCCCCGCGCACGGGCAACGACCAGCGCUUCAGCACGUCGAAGAAGCCCGAGUUGCUGAGCAAGCUCGAGGGCUGCGGCGACGACGUGAACGCCGCCUGCCUGAUUCCGGGCGAGGACGGCGUGAUCAGCGUGUCGGACGACAAGACGAUCCGCGUGUGGCUGAAGCGCGGCUCGGGGCAGUACUGGCCCAGCAUCUGCCAGUACAUGCCGUCCGGCUGCUCCUCCCUGGACUACAUUCCCGAGACGAGGCACCUGUUCGUGGGCCAGGAGAACGGCACCGUGUCGCAGUACCUGCUGGCCGAGGACUGCAACAGCCUGCAGCUCAUCCGCGACUUCCUGGCGCACCAGGCGCGCGUGGUGGCGGUGGUGUUCGCGAAGCACAGUGGCUGGAUCCUGAGCGCCGGACGCGACAAGAUCUUCUCCUACCACUGCACCAGCACGGGCAACCGCCUGGGCGGCUACACGUUCGAGGCCAUGUGCACGGCGCUGCAGUACGACGCGCAGGCCAAGUACGCCUUCGUGGGCGAUUACGCCGGCCAGAUCACGAUGCUGCGCCUGGAGCCGGCGGGCGCCACGUUCGUGACCACCUUCAAGGGACACACCGGCUCGAUCCGUGCCUUAAGCUGGGUGGCGGGGCCGCAGCUGCUGUUCAGCGGCUCCUUCGACCAGUCCGUGAUCGUGUGGGACGUGGGCGGCCGCCGCGGCACCAUCUACGAGCUGCAGGGCCACAGCAACAAGGUGUCGGCGCUGGCGUACGCCAACGGCGCGCAGCAGCUCAUCUCCGCCGGCGAGGACUCAGUCAUCGUGUUCUGGGAGAUGAACGCGAUGCGCAAGGAGGUGCCCGAGUGGGUGGAAUCGGACAUUUGCCAACUCUGCAGCCGGCCGUUCUUCUGGAACCUGAAGGCCAUGAUGGAUCAGCGACAAAUUGGCAUAAGACAGCAUCACUGUCGUCACUGUGGCAAAGCUAUUUGUGAUAAAUGCUCGACAAAUCGUAUCAACAUACCGAUAAUGGGAUUUGAGUUUGACGUGCGAGUGUGUGAUCCAUGCUUCAAACUUCUGCAGCCAAUUGAGCGACCGUCGCUGGCGAUGUUUCACGAUGCGAAGCACAGCAUUGUGGCGAUGGAUUUGGACGAAAGGCGCAAAAGACUGCUGAGCAUUGGUCAGGAUCGCGUCAUAAAAAUCUGGGACCUCGCUUCGAUUUGGGCUUAACUGUGGCGCUCUGGGGAGAUUCCUGAGAUGCGCGCGCGCAGCAGCCCUACAAUAUCGUCAUGCUCUUUGCCUCAUUGUGCAGUGCUUAUCGGCAUUUCUGUCUUUCCCUUGUGUCUCCAUCCAGGCGGACACUCUGUGGCUGAAUGCUAUUUAUUUGACCUCUUUGUUCUUUCUCUUCCUAAAUUCGCAAUAGAUAGCAUUUCACACAAACACACAUGCAAACAAGUAAAUUAUAUCAUAAGUUAAACAUCAAGGUUCUUUUUUAUUAUGACUAUAUUGUUAAUCUCAUGUUAACGUAUUUCAAUAUUAUAUGGAAAAGAAGAAAAAGGCAUAUUUUUGUUAAUCACUACAAUAGCAAUGUAACAGAGAUUUUAAGGCGCGAGAAAGGGUGGAGAAAGACAAUCUUCGGCAAAUCCCUUCAUUCCUAGUCAUGAUUGCUUAAUUAUUCAUUUCAAUGACUAAUGUAAAAAAGAAAAUCUUCUGUGGGAAUAUCGAGAAGGCGAACGAGGAGAAAAGGAGAGAAAAAUGCUUUCAACAGGAUCGAUUUGUUUUGUUACUACUGUUAUUGUCUUUCUCGAGGAAAUAUCAAAUCGCUAUAAAAAAAAAUUGAAUGAAAAAAAUGUAUAAAUUCAUUUAAUUGAGAUAUUGAACUUAUAAACUAUUAUUUUCUGUAAAUAUAUGUUUACAAAAGAAAAAGAAAUUGGAUAUAAAUAAAAAGAGAGAACUUAUAGAAAAAAAAAAACAGUGCAGAGAAUUUCUGAACAUGGUCAAUUCCUGACCAAACGCCACUGCAGAGAUCAUCUUCCAAG